AUGAAGCGUUGGAAACAAACAGUUGCUAUUUACGUAAUAAGUCGCCCGAAAAUUGCAGUGAAAUCCAGUGAAAAAUGUCAGCACAUUUCCUUAUGCGAUGAUCAGAUCCCUGUGGAAGCGAGAGUUAAAGAGAAGGGCUGUCACCCUCCAUUUGGCCGUCAUCGGCAAUUUGACAAGACCGACAACACACGAGGAUACACGAAACGACGUUCUGAUAGUCUGAAUGUCUGUCCAACGGACAGAGAGGAGAAUGGCGAUUCGACAUGA